CUCCUCUCAUAUCUCUGUCGCCCAUCUUACAGUCACCAUGGCCGAUCAACGCGUAAAUGUUCAUAUCCCAUCCCACCCCCCGGUGUUGGACAGCGUGCGUCUUCGCAACAUCCAACUGCCCCUCCCAGCUGCCCCGGACCCAUGGCACCGUUCCGGUAAAUCGCAGCCUUGCACGGCAUCGCUGAAGCUCUCCUACUCCUCCGCCGUGGCCGCCGCCAUUGCCGACGAUGUCUCCCUCUCCUUGGACUACGGCAAGCUUUACCGCCGUCUCGAGGAGGAUAUCCGUAACCUGGGCAAGCACCCCGAGAACCCGGGACACCGAAUGAUCAGUGUCGACGGGAGCCGCCGUGACGAGAUGUUGGCAAGUGAUGUGGGACAGGAUGUGCGCUUGACGGCCGGAAUUGUGGCUCAUUGUGGACUUGGACUGUUGGAUGAGACUGCUGCUGGGGUCCGUAGGAUGUCGCACGUGCACAACACCCAGCGGAGAAGCAGCGCUUCGGCGGGCUCACAGUCUCAGGCUCUGGCGGCUAUUUUCAACUCAUCUUCGACUUCGCCUAUUGACGGGGUGUUUGGCCAAUGUGAGGUGUCUUUGCAUCUCCCCAAGGCAUUGCUGCGGGCGGACGAAGGACUUAAGUACCGGAGUGUGACGGUAUGGGGGUAUCGUCAGGCUAAUGAGGCUGUUACGGACGAUGUGGGAGAGUCGGAGCGCUGUCCGGUCGUCCUGGAGGAGGAGUUCCGCAUUGAUGGGAUUCGGUGCUACUGUAUCUUGGGCGUCAACUCUCACGAGAGGGUGGAGAAGCAGGCUGUCAUUGUCUCUCUGGAGUUUAAGGGUCCUGGACAGCUGCCUUGGGGGUCUACGGUGGUCAAUACGUACCAAGCCAUGACCCGGGCUGUCGCUGAGCGGGUCGAAACCACCUCUUUCCAGACGGUGGAGGCCUUGGCGACAUUUGUCGCGCGCAUUGUCACGGUGGAAUUUGGGAAUGAACGGGUGACAGUGCGGGUUGAAAAGCCCAGUGCGCUGGCCUUCGUGGAGGGAUCGGGGGUGGAAAUCACUCGGUCGCAGGUCUUUUUUGAAGGGAGAGAUGCAUGAAGAGCUGCAGGGGGUUUUGGAUGGAUCUGAACCUCUAGUACAAAAUAAUUACUAAAUAGUUGGUUGAGGCGGG